CCUCACGUCUCGUACGCUGGCCUCAUUGGUCAGGCCAUUCUCACAUCGUCCGACCAGCGUUUGAGUUUGGCAGAGAUCUACAACUGGAUCUCCACCGUUCAUCCCUUCUUCGAGAGGGGCGAUCGAGGCUGGCAGAAUUCCAUCAGACACAACUUGUCUCUGAACAAGAGCUUCAUCAAGGUGGAGCGAGAGGCCAACAUCCCUGGCAAGGGUGGGUGGUGGGCCAUC